GCGUUUUUCCAACGUUUGCCGCGCCAAUAUCAUGAGCCAUGUAAUGAGCAAUACUGUUCACGUGUAUCACCAGCGGAUACACUCGCGGGUGCAUGGCAAGAGCACCACCAGCAGUGGUGCCAGUGAUCAUCGACGGCGCGGCGGCGGAAUCACGGCUAUCCCGGGUGCCACGCUGCGCGCGCGGCAGCGCGGCUUGCGCCUGCCUAAAGCCAACCCCGGCACCGGCGCGCCAAGGGCGCGCGCGCGGCCGGAGCAGCGCUGCCACGCGCGCGGGCGCCGGCGCCCGGAUCGCACGGCGCCCGCGCUUGGGUCGCGGCGGCGGGGGGGCGGCGCCCCCCUGUCGGACCCCCCGGGGUGGAACGGUGGCUAGGAAAGGGGUGAGAGGGGAGCCUAAUACAUGCACCGGCAUGCGGAACGUUCGGGUGGGAGGAAGGCGAGGACGCAGGCUGGAACUGCAUUGCUGGCGGGAUGGUUGCAAACAAUUGUUGCACGGACAUGGAACUGGACUCCACCCGCACGUGCUGUGUGGCACAGUUAUAGCAUGCGUGGAGCGCAUAUUGCUUGCUUGGAUGCAGCUGGGUUGUGCCUCUGUUGCGCUGCGAGGGGUUGCACUGGAGCCAGGCGCACUAAGCAGGGGCACCUGUUCACAAAUGAUAGCAUCAUGCAUUCACGCUGGCUUGUGCAUAGAGUGAGCACCCGUGUUAGAAAGUGGGAGGGCGUGUAACUGCUGGUUUUGCUUGGCUGUUGAGCCGACUGCACAACCACACUUGCACAUGACAGCGCGCAUGGUGCACGAGGCAGCUGCAUAUUAUUGUAAUGGUUUUCAUUAUCAUACAAUUUAAGCACGGACAUAAGAACAGUGCAUGGGAGCUGGCCGAGGAACUGCACCCAACUUGGCGGUUGGGCAGUCAAUUGGCUGGCAGCAGUUGCGCACACGUGGCCUUUCACUGGUGCAUGUCUGCCGCUGUUCAUUUGCAGUCCCACACCAAGAAUAACAUAACAAACACAGGCGCAGUGCAUCGCAUAGGACCGGCGCCGGCGAGUUAUAGCAUGCGUGGAGCGCAUAUUGCUUGCUUGGAUGCAGCUGGGUUGUGCCUCUGUUGCACUGCAAGGGGUUGCACUGGAGGCAGGUGCACUAAGCAGGGGCACCUGUUCACAAAUGAUAGCAUCAUGCAUUCGCGUUGGCUUGUGCAUAAAGGGAGCACCCGUGAUAGAAAGUGGGAGGGCGUGUAACUGCUGGUUUUGCUCGGCUGUUGAGCCGACUGCACAACCACACUUGCACAUGACAGCGCGCAUGGUGCACGAGGCAGCUGCAUAUUAUUGUAAUGGUUUUCAUGAUUAUACAAUUUAAGCACCGACAUAAGAACAGUGCAUAGGAGCUGGCCAAGUAACUGCACGCAACUGGGCGGUUGGGCAGUUAGUUGGCCGGCAGCAGUUGCGCACAUGUGGCCUUUCACUGGUGCAUGUCUGCCGGUGUUCAUUUGCAGUCCCACACCAAGAAUAACAUAACAAACACAGGCGCAGUGCAUCGCAUAGGACCCGGCGCCGGCGAGGUGACUGCAACACACUAACGCCGCAUGCAGCAGUUGGUGGGCGUUUGUGGAACUAAAGUGGGCCGAUGCGGCGGCAGUUGGGCAUAUGUGGGUUUUCAUUCGCGCGCGCCUGCCACUCGCACUGCAUGCACAUUUUGGCUGCGAUGCUGCAGGCGCAGCCCAGCUGGAUCAGUCGCGGCAGCAUAGCGCGGCUGGGCAGCAGGCGGGGCAAGGCGACCGCUGCCCCGAGCGGUUUCCGGCUGGUUUUGCAACGGCGCGCGGCUAGUAAUGGUGCAGCAAGUAUAUAAGCAAUGUAUAAAAUGUAUAAACAUGUAAUGAUACGCUAGC